GUGAGUAGUCCGAAAUUCUUCCUCUCACAUUAGCCAUGGCUGCUUGUAACAAGAAUUUCUCCAGCAGUUAUAUGCUACUGGAACCCCAUGAUGUGGGAUUCUUUGAUCUGAUUCACAUCUUGUUCUCCAAUAACUUGGAGCACAGAAAGUUCGUAGACUCCUCCGAUGACAAAGAAUAUGACUUUCAGCGCAGAUGGCUCAUAUUUCUGUCAAUUGUGGUGCAAAAGCUGCUGCAGUUUGUAUCGAAGCCAAUGGCAGUUAUCGGCUGGGCAAUCGAAAUGUUCUUGAACUUUUUGUCACUUAAUGUAUGCAGCUUGCGUGGACUGCUCCUAAAUCUUUCGCAAGGCAAGAUUAGCAUACCAGAUAACACCUCAGGAACAUACUUGUCGUUUAUUGGACAUCUGGAUAAGCGAGUAAGGUUAGACAGUAGAAUCAAACCUGGAGAUUGCAGAUAUAAUGCAGCACUCAGUAUGAUGGCUUCUAAACUUUCAUAUGAGAACCACGCCUGCAUCAAAACUACAGUCGAAGAUCACUGGAAGAUGGAGUUCGUGGGCUUUUACGAUUUCUGGAACGAGUAUCAAGGAAAAGCUACAACUCAAGCCUUUAUGCUCCGGGACAGAUCUAGUGAUGACCAUGACACCAUUGUUGUUGCCUUUAGAGGAACUGAACCCUUUGAUGCAGAUGCAUGGUGCUCCGACUUUGAUAUUUCGUGGUACGAGCUUGAAGGAGGAGUUAAUGGAAGGAUUCAUGGGGGCUUCAUGAAAGCUCUGGGUUUACAGAAGAAUGUCGGUUGGCCAAAGAAUAUAGAUCAAGAUGAUAAGCACCCAUUAGCUUACUAUGCUAUUAGGGACAUGCUGAAAAAGCUUCUGAGUGAAAAUGAUAAGGCGAGAUACGUCAUAACAGGUCACAGUUUAGGUGGAGCGUUAGCGAUUCUCUUCCCUGCAAUUCUGGCAUUGCACGAGGAAAACGAGCUGUUGGAGAAAAUGGAAGGAGUUUAUACAUUUGGGCAGCCUAGGGUUGGUGACAAGGAAUUUGGGCAGUACAUGGAAAAUGAAGUAUUGACAGAGCACAAUGUUAGGUACUUUAGGUUUGUUUAUAGUAAUGAUAUGGUGCCCAGGUUGCCCUAUGAUGACAAGGCCCUCAUGUUCAAGCACUUCGGGACCUGCCUCUACUAUAACAGAAACUAUGAAGCACAGAUUCUUCCAGAAGAGCCAAACAAGAAUUACUUCUCCCUGUGGGUGCAAAUGCCUAUGAUGGUGAAUGCAUUUUAUGAGCUGACAAGAAGCUUCACACUUCCACGAAAGCAUGGACCUGACUACGUCGAAGGGUACUUCUUCAGAUUGUUUAGGCUAACUGGUUUGCUAAUGCCAGGGGCACCAGCACAUUGUCCCCAAGACUAUGUGAACUUAACCAGAUUGGGACCUCCAGAUGUGUUAGUCUCCCCUAAGCCCAAGCAACAGUGA